UCGCCAGCUCGAAAACAAAACGGCGCUGCGCUCAGCGAUCUGGGCAAAGCCAGCCCUCCCUCCUCGGGCUCUUGGCCGCCGCCCUCCCUUCCUCGCGCUGCUCGGCUCGCUCAGCUCAGCCCCGCGCAGCGCAGCUCGGCAGCCGCCACGCCGGGGCGGGCACGGUCUCCCAGCUGCCAGCGCAGGCUCUGAGCUCCCUCUCCCCGCCCGGGCUCCGCCAGCUCUCGCUUCCGCGGGGACCCCUUCGGGCAGAAGUCGCGUGGCGAGGGCCAGCGGCAGCGGCACGAAGUUGGGGGCCGGCGAGGAUGAGGCUGUCCCCGGCACCCCAGAGGCUAAGCCGGAGUCCGGCGCUGCUGGCUCUGGCGCUGCCCCUGGCCGCAGCGCUGGCCUUCUCGGACGAGACCCUGGACAAAGUGCCCAAGUCGGAGGGCUACUGCAGCCGCAUCCUGCGCGCCCAGGGCACGCGGCGCGAGGGCUACACCGAGUUCAGCCUCCGCGUGGAGGGCGACCCCGACUUCUACAAGCCGGGAACCAGCUACCGUGUGACGCUUUCAGCAGCCCCUCCCUCUUACUUCAGAGGAUUCACGUUAAUUGCCCUGAAAGAGAACAGAGAGGGUGAUAAGGAAGACGACCAUGCUGGCACCUUUCAGAUCAUAGAUGAAGAAGAAACCCAGUUUCUGAGUAACUGCCCGGUUGCGGUCACUGAAAGCACCCCACGGAGGAGGACACGGAUCCAGGUGUUUUGGAUAGCACCCCCAGCAGGAACAGGCUGUGUGAUUCUAAAGGCAAGCAUCGUACAGAAACGCAUCAUUUAUUUUCAAGACGAGGGCUCUCUGACCAAGAAACUUUGUGAACAAGAUUCCACGUUUGAUGGGGUGACUGACAAACCAAUCCUAGACUGCUGUGCCUGUGGGACUGCCAAGUACAGACUCACAUUUUAUGGGAAUUGGUCUGAGAAGACGCACCCAAAGGAUUACCCACGUCGGGCCAAUCACUGGUCUGCGAUCAUUGGCGGAUCCCACUCCAAGAAUUAUGUGCUGUGGGAGUACGGAGGAUAUGCAAGCGAAGGUGUCAAGCAAGUUGCCGAACUGGGCUCACCCGUGAAAAUGGAGGAAGAAAUUCGGCAACAGAGUGAUGAGGUUCUCACUGUCAUCAAAGCCAAAGCUCAGUGGCCAGCAUGGCAGCCUCUCAACGUGAGAGCAGCACCCUCGGCUGAAUUCUCAGUGGACAGGACACGCCACUUAAUGUCCUUCCUGACCAUGAUGGGCCCCAGCCCCGACUGGAAUGUGGGCCUGUCUGCGGAGGACCUGUGCACCAAGGAAUGCGGCUGGGUCCAGAAGGUGGUGCAGGACCUCAUCCCCUGGGAUGCCGGCACCGACAGCGGGGUGACCUAUGAGUCACCCAACAAGCCCACAAUUCCACAGGAGAAAAUCCGGCCCUUGACCAGCCUGGACCAUCCUCAAAGUCCUUUUUAUGAUCCAGAGGGCGGGUCCAUCACUCAAGUAGCCAGAGUUGUCAUUGAGAGAAUUGCCCGCAAGGGGGAACAGUGCAACAUUGUACCUGACAAUGUGGAUGACAUUGUAGCAGACCUGGCUCCAGAAGAGAAAGAUGAAGAUGACACCCCUGAAACCUGCAUCUACUCCAACUGGUCCCCGUGGUCCGCCUGCAGCUCCUCCACCUGCGACAAAGGCAAGAGGAUGCGGCAGCGCAUGCUGAAGGCGCAGCUGGACCUCAGUGUCCCCUGCCCUGACACGCAGGACUUCCAGCCCUGCACGGGCCCAGGCUGCAGCGAUGAAGACGGCUCCACCUGCACCAUGUCCGAGUGGAUCACCUGGUCGCCCUGCAGCAUCUCCUGCGGCACUGGCAUGCGGUCUCGGGAGAGGUACGUGAAGCAGUUCCCCGAGGACGGCUCCGUGUGCACGCUGCCCACCGAGGAGACAGAGAAGUGCACGGUCAACGAGGAGUGUUCUCCCAACAGCUGCCUGACGACGGAGUGGGGCGAAUGGGACGAGUGCAGCGCCACCUGCGGGAUGGGCAUGAAGAAGCGGCACCGUAUGGUCAAGAUGAGCCCGGCGGACGGCUCCAUGUGCAAGGCCGAGACGACCCAAGCAGAGAAAUGCAUGAUGCCCGAGUGCCACACCAUCCCAUGCUUGCUGUCUCCGUGGUCGGAGUGGAGUGACUGCAGUGUGACCUGCGGGAAGGGCAUGCGGACCCGCCAGCGGAUGCUGAAGUCUCUGGCUGAGCUCGGGGACUGUAAUGAGGAGCUGGAGCAGGCAGAAAAGUGCAUGCUGCCUGAAUGCCCCACUGACUGUGAGCUCACCGAGUGGUCCCAGUGGUCAGAAUGUAACAAGUCGUGUGGAAAAGGCCACAUGAUUCGAACCCGGAUGAUCCAUAUGGAGCCUCAGUUUGGAGGUGCACCCUGCCCAGAGACUGUGCAACGAAAAAAGUGCCGCAUCCGGAAAUGCCUCCGAAAUCCAUCCAUCCAUAAGUCACGCUGGAGGGAGGCCCGAGAGAGCUGGAGGAGUGAGCAGCUGAGGGAAGAAGCCGAUGGCGAGCAGUUCCCAGGCUGUAGGAUGCGCCCAUGGACAGCCUGGUCAGAAUGCACCAAACUGUGUGGAGGUGGGAUUCAGGAGCGCUACAUGACUGUAAAGAAGAGGUUCAAAAGCUCCCAGUUUACCAGCUGCAAAGACAAAAAGGAGAUCAGAGCAUGCAAUGUUCACCCUUGUUAGCAGGGUACAAGGGUCUGGGGCUACACUCUGGAUUCCAGAGUCACCAAUGGCUGGAUUGUUGGUUUGGCUUGCUUGUUUGAGGCAAUUUAAAUCGUGUACACUAGUUUUCAUUUCUGCAGUGUGGUUCACCCAAUAGUCUUGUGGAUUUCAGGGACAUCCUUUCUGCCCACUUGCUGAUGGGCACAGGCUGAGCGGGGCUCCCCCAUCCUCAGCUGGCCCUCAUCCAGAACAGAAGUGAGUAGCGUGUCCCUCUGGAGCAUCCACCUGGUGGCGGGACAGAGAGCCUGGCCGCCCCGUGGGGAGAGGCAACUGCAUCUGGAAAUGAUGCGUGCCUUGGUCCCUUGACAGGUGCAGCAGGGAGGAGACGUUCCCCGUCAUUCUCGUCUUUGGCCUGCUUGCUCAUGCAGGACGUUCUGGUUUGCUCAUCUCUUUCCUUUAGUGGAACUUUAGGUCCCUUGUGGAAUCUCCUCUAUCACCAUUAGUUUUUGGGGAAAACAAGUGGAAGUGAAGAGGAGCACUGAUGCUGGGUGGCUCUCUCCUUUCACUGAGUUCUGAAUACAUUUAUCCCACCCCUUAAUAUUGGCUCCUGGUACCCUGACGGCUGCUUUAUUAAUGUAAGGCUGCCAGUUCUCUACCUGAGGUAGAAGGUAUUAGGUCUAGAAAGCAUUUUUCCCUUGCUCUUUGCCACAAGUCUCCUUGGAAGCCAGCCUUAUAAACCUAUGACACUACAUCAUAAUUAGGCCAUAAAACUGGCCUCUCUAGCAGUCCCAAACUAGAGUUUUAAAAAUCCUACAUUUUCAAACCAGUUCUAACAAGAAAACGUUUAGUUAUGCAAACAUUUGCUAAGUAUGCCCCCAGCCCACCAAGUCAUUCAAUAAACACAAGCACUAUCUCUGUACUUUAAAGGGCUUUUUUAGUCAUAAAGCUUCACAUGUAGAAAGAAAAAGUAUUUCAGAGACCAGGACAGAAAUCUAGGGGGAAAGUAUUAUUACAGAAUCACACUGGUCAAGAAAAUCUGGUGGAGAGUCAAAGCUAUGUCAACCCUCCACAACAGGAUGCUGGUCCUCCAACCCAAUGGGAGGCCGUGGUUUUCCAUCCCCUUCUGAGUACUCAUAAGCACACCAAAUUCAGGGAGACUGACAACCAAGGAUUAGUGUAGAAAGGACAUUUUACUGAGUUGAAUCCCUCAGCAGGGAUUCAACAACCCUUUUACUCACUGUUAAAAUUAUUUCAUGUCUGUUGCAAGACUUUUGUUAUGCUUAAUCCAAAUAUGUAUCAUGGAUGAGAUGCAUACAGUGCUUCAAAUACAUUACUGUAAGAAUUUGCAUUAAACACACCAGGAUAUUUCCAAACACAACAUAUAUAUGCUAUAACCCCGAAUAUGUAUUUUCUUUAACACAAGAGAGACUGUUCAAUAAAGAACUCAUUUGGGUAUGUCUUUCAUAUUUUUAAACUAAGUUUUCAGAAGGUUGGGUCUUACUACAAUUGUUACCACCUCAAUCAUAUUCAGCCAGAAGGUAUUUUGCUCCCUCAAUCUAGAGAAGCCAUUCUGUCAUAUAUUACUGAGCUAUUUCCAACAUUAGUUUUGUAAACCUUAAAUGAAUUGCUUUCUCCCCUGACAAAGAAGCAUAACGUGUUUAAUUUUCUACUUGACAAAAAAGUCUUGAUAUAGAAUCUGACCACUUUUUCAACAUUACUUUUAGCUAUCUAGAGGUAUCUUUCAACCCAAGAAAAGUUCCAUGAAACAGUGAUUCCUAAGUAACUCUACCAUGUUCCUAUUUGGUCCCUACUGAGUAUAUUUCUAAUCCUAAUUUUGGAGACUUAAAUUCUAAUCCUAAUUUUGGAGACUUAAAACCAGGUAACUGAUCAAUGGCUGAGAAUGGGUAACAUGUUUGUUACAUAGUGUUAUUUCUGUUGUUUGCAGGGGAAUUUUAAAAAAAUCAAAUCUCUUUCUUACCAAAGUCUUGUGUUAGGUGGUUUAUAAUUUUUCUGGCUGACCAUUUUGGAAAUAAAGACUUUUUACUACAAAAA